UCGCUAGAGCGGCUGGUCGGAGAUCCGGGCCCGGGGCCACAGGGCCUCCGCGUGAGCUGCGUGCCGCAGAGCCGGAGUGAGGCCGACUCACCAGAGGUGGCAGCAACCGGCCAGAUUCACUCUCUAGUCUCCUCCGGAUGCGGCCAAGCUGGUUUCCCACCGACUUUCAUUCGACACGGCACAGACAGGGACUGGGGUGAAAAGCCAUAAAGAUGGCGCUGGCUGUUCGUCUUUUGCCCCGCUUGCUGCUCGCUCCGCCGCUGCCCGGCGGGGCCGGCCGACCCCGGACUCCCCGUGGAGCCGAGGCGAGACCGCCGUUGGCUGAACUCUGCCGCUUCUGCCGCCGCCGCCUCGGUUCCGGACCGGUCCCGCUUCCUCGAGUCACCUGGGCCUCGGCGCUGCCCGCUCGGGGCCCGCAGCGUCCCCUGCUCAGCCCUCCGGGACUACCCGCAGCCCUCUCAGCUUUCCCUGCCUACCCCCGGCGCAGCUACAGCGCCGAGGAGCAGCCCCAGCCGCGCCAGAAAACCAAGAUGAUCAUUCUGGGAUUCUCCAACCCCAUCAACUGGGUUCGGACUCGAAUUUACGCCUUCCUGAUCUGGGCCUAUUUCGACCAAGAGUUCAGCAUCGCAGAAUUCUCUGAGGGAGCGAAGCAGGCUUUUGCUCAUGUGUCCAAGUUGCUGUCACAAUGUAAAUUUGAUCUAUUGGAAGAACUUGUGGCCAAAGAGGUGCUACAUGUAUUGAAGGAAAAGGUUACUUCAUUACCUGAUAACCAUAAAAAUGCCCUUGCUGCUGACAUAGAUGAAAUUGUAUACACAUCAACAGGAGACAUCUCCAUUUACUAUGAUGAGAAAGAAAAUGGAAGGUAGUAUGAAGGAAGUAUGAAGGUAUGAAAGCUAAAGGGAGCUUUAGGAAGAAAAGCAUUGAAAUUUGACAAGUUAUUUAAGAAGAGAGAAAGUCAUAAAGGCAUACUGGAUAUGAAACAGAAGUGUUGAGAAAUUAGAAAGAGGUAAUGCUGCUGAAUGUAAUUAAAAGGUGUUUCAGCUGUCUAUUGAUGUGUCAUAAACCACUCCCGAACUCAGUAACUUUAAGCAGCCAUUUAUUUUGUCUGCUGCUUUACUCAGGAAUUUUGGAAAGGCACAGCCAUGAGGUUUUCGUUGCUUCACCUGCCAUCAACCAGGGUGGCAAGGGCUGGAGAAAUCAUUUCCACGAUGGCUUCUUCACUCACACGUGCCCCGCUUGGUGCUCCUUGGCUUCCGCACAUAAUGUCUCAUUCCCCAGGGCCUCUCUUCAUGGCUUGGGCCUGUGGCAGUCUCCAGCUGUUCACAUGUUUUACCAGGUGGUCAGCUAGUCUGGUAAAGGGCUAUCUCAGGAUCGGAACAUCGUUUCCACCUUAGUCUACCUGUCAAAGCAGUCAUAGGACCUACACAGUUGAAAGGACAUGGAGAGAUUCCACUUUUUAUCGGGCAAUAGCAGGGUCCCAUUGCAGAAGAGCAUGUGGGAUGGGGCGUAUGGUUAUAACCUUACUCGGGAAAUAAAAUCUGCCACAGGUGGCACAUGGGUGAUUCACUCACUAGACAUUUACUGAUCAUUCCCUAUUUAUCAAAUACCCUGUUAGGGUUUCAGAUACAAAAAUGAAGAGUUCCUGCCUGUAAAGAGGUACUAUCUAGUAGGUUAGCAAUGUAUUUAAAAGAGACACUAUCAUGUAUUUUUUGCUGAUAAAAUUUGGAACAGUGAACCAGUCAAGCAGGUUACUGGAGACAUAAUUUAAUAUUUAAAAGAGAAUACUAUUAUGUUGCCGAAAGUAUAUAAACCUAAUUUAAAAUAACAAAUCCCAAAAAUGACCUAAGAAAAUCUGUUCUGUUUCAGUAAGGUAAAAGGGAAUUGUAUCCUUAUUUUUUCACUUUAUUUGAAAGAAAUGUGCUUUUUUUCUUUUUUUAAAUUUUGCUUUAUUUGUAAUUAUAUAAAAUAUAUAUUUAAAUACUUCAAUCUACAGAAUCAUCUCCUUUUAAAGAUAUCACUUGUAAUUAAAGAACAAUAUAAUCAAUACUCACCUUUGAUUCCUCUGAUAUUCCCUACUAAGGCCAUGGGCAGCUCAUAAACACUGUUAUUUUCAAGAUUGAUCUAAUGUAUAUAACCAAAAUUCCACUAAAAUACCCUUUCCAUCACCAUAGCCCAAUUUAUUCUUCCUCAUAUUAGGCAUAUGUUCUAGCUAGUAUUUAACAACAGAAUAAUACCCAAGUUUCUCUCAAGGACUGGUAGAUGUUGGAGUAUAUAUCAGUUCAUUAAAAAUACUCAUUUUAGGGGCACCUAGGUAGGUCGGGUGGUUAAACGUCUGACUCUUGAUUUCAGCUCGGGUUAUGAUCUCA